GGAGCCUGUAAGCAAUUGCUUUUCUCGCCGACUGGGAAGUGGAAGACCUCUUGCGGUGUCCAUUACUCUGAAGAUGUGAGAGUGUUGUGUUGUGACAAUGCUCUCGCUCGGCGAUUUGGGUCGAAUCCAUUGAGGUGAAAAACUAGCCACCAUGGUCGAGUCGCGCAGUAAGAGAACUACGGACGACAUGUUUAUCCUGGCGACCGACAAGGACAGCAUCAAACCCGACGCAAGCGCGCGUCAAUUGAUUCGGCGUCAUGUCAUGAAGGACAAGAACCGCAAGGCUGUCCCGCGACGUCUUAGAUGUGGCUCUUGGAUCAAUCAUGAACGCGGAGAUCAAGAUCCAGCCAUGCGCCUGGAGGUAGGGAAGGACCUUGUCCCUCAAACGGAGAGGUCUUCCCGUGCUCUGUCGCCGUUGACCAAAAUUGACCUGAACCUGUUCCUUUUGAACAUGUCGGUCUACAAGCCUCCGUGCACGCUAGAGAUGAUGUGCAGAUUCCUGAUGGUCAUGCAGAGGACAAUGUACCCUCCAGCAAUUCAUGCCACUCUCAUCCCACAGGACAACUCUUGGAUGGAAGAUCUCGAGCAUGAUCCACUAUACGCCGAUACAAUCAUCGAGACCUCGCAAACAUAUUUCCACGUCUUUCAGCAUCGAGUCCUUAAGCCUGAUGCCCUGAGACAUAUGAACAGAGCUCUAGUCCAUUUGCAAGGCAAGUUGGGCGAAGCUAGUCCUGUCAUCACGGACUCGAUCAUCUUCCUUGUCCUAGCUUUGGGCAUGUUGAUGGAGGAGCUCGGUGACUUUGAGACGGCCAGGAAACAUAUUCUUGGGCUCCAUCAACUGAUCAAGUUCCGUGGUGGUAUGAAAGCCCUCGGAGAAAAGCGUGCCUUGCAAAUAAAAUGCUGUAGACUUGAUCUCCGUUUUGCGAUGAAAACCGGAAGCAAACCUUUAUUCUUCAACGAGGGCAACAUGUCGCAGAUGCCAUACUUUAACAGUCUUCGGUCGCAAAGCGCGAAACCAAUGCAUGAUCUGUGCGAUCCAGUCGACCACAGAUUGAGUAACGUAUGGAACGAUCUUGAAGAACUAACCCUAGAAAUCAACCUUGCUCAUCAGACUGGCCGAUAUCUAUCUCCACAUGUGUUUCAGGAGAUCUUGAUUUCGGCGCAGUACAGACUGCAGACUCUCGAAUUUGCACCAUGCAGCCUUCAUGAGGUAUUUCGGGUGACCUUGAUAGCGUUUUCAGCAACGAUGUUCAUUUCUUGCCAGGACGCAAGUGCUCACUAUGGCUGCAUCGCGAUGGGUUUACGACAAGCGCUGCUCAAACUGGACACAUUGCAGGAGGAUGACCGGCAGCUUCGAUUAUCACUCUGGGUGAUUAUGAUUGCUCGUGUGUCUGUACUGGGCCAUUCCAGUGAAACAGUUGGACUCCAGAACCGUCUGUUGAAGGUGAUCAAGGCUCUGCGUCUGACAAGUUGGCAUGAAACGAGACAGGUUCUGAAAGGAUUUCUCUGGGUGAAUUUGGCUCAUGAUCAGAGCGCCAAGAGCUUUGUAGAUGGUGCAUUGAAUUCUGUUGCGAAUGCUUGAACAGUCACUUGUCAAUAUAUGAUACCCGAUAUGUGAAUAUCCUCG